AUGCCUAUGUUAUAUAAACCUGCUGCUGAAGGAAAAGCUAUUAAACCACCUCAAAUUCCAUCACUGGGUAAUAAUUCAUUUUUAGGUGAUACUUUUACAUCAGAUGCACCAAAAGAUCAACAAAUUACAUGUGGUUUCUAUAAACAAGAAAAAGGAGAACCAUUAGUUUAUAAAUAUAGUUAUGAUGAAAUGAAAAUUAUAUUAGAAGUUGAAGGUGAAUAUUGGAUAAGUGAUGAAACUGGUUAUAAAGUUAGUGUUAGUCCAGGUGAUGUAUUUUAUUUUAAAAAAAAUACAACUAUUACAUUUGAAACCACUGGUUAUGGUUUAGCUUUCUUUACUGGCUUAAGACCAGAAGGUGAGUUAUAG